UUACUUGGUGAUAUUUUGUGUUUUGUAGUGUAAUGUAUAAUAAAGAAUCCAAUCUGAUCUGGUCAAAAUAUUAAAAUGAUGUUUUGUGGUAUUUUAGUCCAGUUUUCCAAGCAGAUUUCGUUCCUUUCUUUUCAAAGUUGGACGAACAAAAGUAGAGAAAUAUAAUUCUCUAAAGAAGGGCUUAUUAUUGAAACCGCUGCACAAAAUGAAAUCUUAAUCGCCUCAAUGAUUCAUGCCACCAAUAAAUAGAUGAAGAAAUCGUUUUUGGAACAUAUUCAAUAAAAAAAUGAUCAAGAGAAGAGAGUAAAUCUGAAGUUUGUUGCAGAAACCUCUCCUCUGUCGCUCAGGCUCACUUUCAUUUGCGUCCAGCUCUGAUUGCACGGUUGCAGGUUUCACUGUAGCAGGACUGCAGCCUCGGCUCUCUGUUCAUGGUAAAUUACAUGCUGGAUGCACAGGGAGGGGCGGCUGGGUGCGGCGCAUCACUCUGCAGCUAUUAAUAACAUCACAGCCUUCAUGACAGCAGGCUGUUUAUCUGUCUCUGUUAUUAAUUCACUUUGGUCCAAUAAACUUAAAUAUAUGUUGCCAUAAAAACCUCUUAAAUUUGUUUAUUAAUAAUCUCUAUCAACAUUUCAAAACAAGCCUGGUCUGGCAGCUGAUGUUAAAUUAAAAACACAACCAUUAUCUAAAAUAUUAAUGAUCCUGCUUCAUGUAAAGGUUCUCAAUCCUUUGAUUACAUUUUAAUUACUGCACAUUUUAAUGAAGAUUUGUUUCAGGUGUUAUUUGUGCAUUCAGCUCUGACAGUCAGAAAUAAAUAAAAGUAAUCGGGUCCAUUAACAGGACAGAAUGUGUAAGAAUGCCAAACAGGUGAAGGAAUCAGUUCAUGUCCUCUUGUCAGAAUCUGUUAAAACAUUUCUUAGUUUACUGAUCUUUGCAUUAUUAUGUCAUUACAUUUUAGUUGCAUGAAAAUGUUCUCAAAUCAACAGUAUUAUUGUUUAUAACUUCUGGAACAAUUUAUCAUCCAGUAAAGUUUGUUAUGAGACCUGAUUAUACUGACUGAAUGUUUCACUCCUCAGUGAUUAAACUCUGAUUUCUCCCUCAUGUGUGGAAAGUUCCCACUCGUUCUUCUUCACCUGGUUUGGAUAAAUCACUCGUCUUCUAGAAAGCGUUCCCUGCGUGAGGCUCCGCCCCCUUCCCUCCCUCCUGGCUGCUGGCUCUGCUGGGACUCCUCGUCCUCUGCAAAGGUAGGAAACUCCAACAGCUCCCUGACAGACUUCCUGCUCGCCGCAGCGUCCGUCUUUCUGGCUGAUUCAGCAGGAAAACUACAAACUCCUGAACGUCUAAAUGGGUAAAAGUGGAGCAUGAAGUAGGAAGGCUUAGCAGGAACAGAUUAUUUACAGGCGUCUCCAUCUGUCAGGAAUCAGACGGUGUGUUUGUGUCUGGACCCCUGCCUGACCUCUGACCCCAGCCUCAUUAUUCAACAGGCAGCUGUAAUCAGCGGCUGGCUCCAUGUAGACGCAGGUGGUGAUGGGAUGAGGCGUUUUUUUAUAGCAGCUUGAUCCUAUUGAGGCCACCGUCUCACUUAUAUGAGCUACUUGUAGCGCAGGAAACGGCCCCUGAAUCUCAGCGGUUUGAAAAAUGUUCGUCUCAUUUAGAGCAACAAAUAAUUCAGUAAACCAAGAGAAGAUGCUGCAGCUGUUCACCUGCUGGCUGCUGACGACUGAGGCAGGGAACGAGGGUCACUGAGGAUCCGAUUCUCCUGCUCAGAUUGGGACUGACGCAACAAUCAGUUUAAUCAUGUUACACCUGAACGCCAACAAACCACCGCCAGCCAAGUGCUCAGUUACCGUGGUAACUUGGUUUAGCCAUACACGUUAACUACAAAUAUAUACGAGUCAACAUUAUUGUAGAACAUUUUACCAGCAAAGCAGUUCAAAGAGCUUCACAAGAUACAAAAAACAAACAAAAUAAAGUUAGUUAUGAAAAGAACAAUCAUUGUUGUUAUGAAUCAAAAGCAACUCUAACCAGUUUGGAUUUAAAGGAACUCAGUGUUUCAGCUGUUUUGCAGUUUUCAGGAAGUUUGUUCCAGAUGUGUGGCACAUAGAAGCUGAAUGCUGCUUCUGCAUGUUUGGUUCUGGUUCUGGGAAUGCAGAGCAGAACUAGAACCAUGAGAUCUGAGCAGUUUGGAAGGGUUAAAGAACAGCAGCAGAUCUUUAAGCCAUUCAAUGAUUUAUAAACUACCAGCAGUAGUUUAAAGUCUCUUCUCUCAGUAGAAGGACUUUAGAACCAGGUGAUGUUCUCUAUCUUCCUGGUUUUAGUCAGAACUCCAGCAGCAGCGUCCUGGAUCAGCUGCAGCUGGAGGCUUGAUGUUUUUAGGCAGACCUGUGAAGACGCUGCUGCAGUAAUCGAUGAGACUGGAAGUUAACGCCUGGAUGAGUUUCUCUAGAUCUCACUGAGACGUUAGUCCUUUAAUCCUGGAAGUUUGACUUGAUGCCUUCAUAUUGUCAGGCCAUAAUUUCAGCUUCUUUAGCUCUAUUUUUAUUAGUUUAUUGUUGUUUUACAUUAAACUUAGAACUCAGCAUUGCAGUUCCCUGGUGUGCAGACAGAGGGCAGCAUCGGGAUUCAAACACUUUUCUCCUUAUUUUUUAACUAAACAUGAAGCAGACAGAGGCUUGUUUUGGGUGGUUGAUCAGCUGUUUCUAAUGUAGCUGCUUAAAUAUUUAACAUCCUGACAGGACACUGUUAUUUCCACAUUAUUUCCUACUCUUGUAUCUUUUUUAAUCUCUCUUGUUUAAUUGAAAGUUAAAGCCAGCAGAUGCUGUUUAAUGUUUGGCGCCACAUCGAUCCUCUCAGGCGUUACAGGAAGAACAUUCUGGUGAUCGGAUCAGAAGUCCUGAUGCUGCGAUCCGCUUGGACUCCCAGGUGAGUCCGGCACCGAGGAGCCCUGCGAUAACUUCACCGACCUGGACCUGUCCCACUGCUUCAUGGGGACCAGCCUGUACGUCCGCCUGCUGCUCUACACGCGCUCCAACCCGGACUGCGGCCGCGAGGUCGCCCACCACCGCCUGUCCUCCCAGCCGCUCCUGGACCUGCGGCGCCCCACCGCCUUCGUCAUCCACGGCUACCGGCCCACCGGGGCGCCGCCCAUCUGGAUCAACCGCAUCGUUCGCCUGCUGGCCGAGCAGGAGGACAUGAACGUGAUCGUGGUGGACUGGAACCGAGGAGCGGCCAACCUCAACUACUUCACCGCCGUGACCUACACCAGGGAGGCGGCGCUCAACCUGACGGGCUUCAUCAGAACCAUGCAGGAAGAAGGCGCCUCUCUGAGCUCCAUCCAUCUCAUCGGCGUCAGCCUGGGCGCUCACCUGGCCGGAUUUGUUGGAGCGAACCUGAAGGGAGCGAUCGGCCGCAUCACAGGUUUGGACCCAGCUGGGCCGAUGUUCACCAGCGCUGCCCCGGAGGAGCGGCUGGACCCGUCAGACGCCAUGUUUGUGGACGUUCUGCACACCGACAUGAACUCGUUCGGGCUCCGAGGAGCUCACGGUCACAUUGAUUUCUACGCCAACGGUGGAAUCGACCAACCAGGAUGCCCCAAAACCAUCUUCUCAGGUAAAUCGUACUUUGUGUGCGACCACCAGCGCUCCGUGUUGCUGUUCCUGUGCGCCCUGAACCGGACCUGCCGGCUCACCGGAUACCCCUGCUCCUCCUACAGCCGCUUCCUGGACGGACAGUGUCUGCAGUGUGACGCCUUCAAGCCUGCUUCCUGUCCUGUGCUCGGCUACAACGUCAGCCCGUGGAGAGACGCUCUGGUGAAGAUGGGACAGACCAAAGUCUUCUUCAGCACCACGGCCGCCCUGCCCUACCAGAAGCUGAGCUACAGAGUGGAUAUGGUGACGUGGAACCAGUACCUGCGCUGGGGGGUCGUCUACAUCCGUCUGCACAGCGGCAGGAACUUUACAGAGGCCCGGAUAGACCAUAAGCUGCAGCGGUUGGAGCAGUACACCUCCACUCGGCUGCUGGCCCAGUUCGACGAGGAUCUGCAGAACGUCCAGAAGAUCUCCGUUAGGAUCAACACCGGGAACAUCAUCGGCCCUCGCUACAAGAUCAGGCUGCUGAGGAUUCGCUUCACUCCACUGGAGCGACCCGACAGGCCGGUCAUGUGCCGCUUCGACAUCAUCAUGGAGGAAAACAUGGAGGUGGCGUUCAGACCGCUGCCCUGCGACUCUCGCCUCUGACGUUUCCAUGGAAACCAACCCGACCGAGACCCGGGUUGGACUCGGCUCCGACUGGUGACCUGCCGCCGCUGUCGGUCACCCCUGGUAACCAGAACCAGGAAGUGGACGGUUGACGCUGAGGACAGAUUAGAACCAGAGGCGAGAUGAAACCCUGGAUUAUUAAUCCAAUCGGCUUCAGUUACCCAGUGGCUGCAGAGGUCCAUUUCAUAAAGAGGUCCGUUAUAGACAUAAACAGAGAACUACAUAUUGAUUACAUUAAUGCAGCCGAUUUAUUGACUGCAUAUCACCUUUUAAAGUAGCCUUGAUAAUUAUUUCUGGAACCUUUUUUUGGCAACUGGCUGCUGUUUUACUCAGGUAUAAACACACAAACUCAAUAAACUCAGCAAAGAAUCAGUUAAAACCGCAUCUUUAGUUGGCAGCAGCAAAUCACAAAGAUAAAAACUUUAAUUUUUCAUUUCAUUUUAGGAAGGUAAAUAAUUUGCAGUUGACCAGAAUCUGUUCAUUUUUAGCUCGAUCCAUCCAGGUACUAAUAACCUGCCUGUUGGAAAAUCACUAAUUUCAUCAGCAAACACUCUUCAGUGCAGCAGGAAGUUGUUUAAAGUGUUCAUUCACGCAGAAAGCUGCGUUCAUUUCAUAUUUACAGGUUUAAAUGUUUGAUUUUGCAGGUAACAAGGACUUUUUGCCAAUUUGAUUAAAUACCAAAUUGCAGUUGUAAGAUGCAGAAAUUUCUUUUUAUAGUUUAAUUACCAAUAAAAACUCACAACAGGAAUGAAAAUCUAAAUAUGGUGCGUCACUUAUCUAGCUUCUCUUUUACAGUCUGAACUAAAAAGUACCAAGAUCUCAUGAUCUGCUAAAUGUCUUAACCCUUCCUGUCCAGAUUAUGAGAACAUUUGAAGUUGUGUUGCUUUUUAAAUCUAGAAACUUUAAAGUUCAGAUCAGUCUCAGGUUUGUAAAAACACAUUUCUUCUGUCUGUGCCUUUUUUCCAGCAGCUGUGACUAUUUUUACUCUGCAGCUUCUUUUAAAGAUCCAUCUGAAGAUGCUAACAUUUCUGCUGCAGUGAUGUGAGGAAUCCUACCAGGACGUUGUUAGUAGUAAAUGUGACCAACUGAGCAGCAGAUUCUCUUCUGUAUGAUUUAUAGAAAAUAUCUGCUUUUUUGUGCAUUAUUUUCACACUGUGUCAAAAAGUACA